AUGCCGGCCACCGCCGUCCACGGUGACAGCUUCCGUGCAGAGCGGGUGCCGCGUCUUCUUGACAAAGGUCACGGCGGACGUGACAAGAGCAGACCUCCAGGCGCACUUCUGCAGAUUUGGCGAGCUGUCAGACUGCUAUGUCCCGCCUGGCAACAAGGGCAUAGCCUUUGUCAGCUUCAAGGUGUGCUGCGAGGCCGUGCAACUCAAGGCUUCGUCGGUUGUAGCCCACCAGCAGCACGAGGUGAAGUCCCACGCUCAGGAACCUCAGCAGGGGUCCAAAGGAGGUGGGGAUGCUCGCAGCGGUACUCUCUUUACAUGGCAUCCUCUCGAGUUCUGCUCCCACCGCUGGAAGGAGGUGGCGGCUGCAAUGCCUUCAAUGGUGCCCCUGGUGGUUGUGACCUCGGCAGCUUCGGAGGCUUCGGAGGUGCUCCCUGCAAUGGAUGCGGCUUUAGUGACUUCUCCAUGAUGCAGGGAUUCCAGAAUGGUUUCCAAGCCGGUGCAAACCAACAAAGCUUUGGAGCACCGGCCUUUGCGCAGGGAGGAUUUGUCCCACAGGGCAUACCCGGUGGCUUUCCUGUUCAAGAUGGCAUGGGGCAGUUCCAGGCGAGUCAGCUGCAGACGCAACAAGGCCUGGGCUUUGCGAACUUUGGUGGUGGCUGUCAGCAGCCAAUGGGUCAGGCAGAUUACGGUGCCUUCCAGCACCCACAAGCGGAGAGACCGACGCCGAUCAUGACUACCGGCGGCACUGCAGAUCCGGCGGAACGCCUGGCCUCUGCGCAGAAGCUUCGAGAGGAGGGCAAUGCCAAGUUCAAAGAGCAGGACCUGGGUCGUAGGAUCAUUACGGGUCAUUCCCAGGUGCUUUUGAUUUGUAUUGCGGCAUGUACCCACGGCGCAGUGCAGCAAUGCAGUCAGAGUGGCGCAGCUUUGAACUCGUCUUGGUGGAAGCAGGCGUUGCGACUGACUCAAUUCAAAGAAGUUCCGGAGGGCUUGGGCGAAGACCUGGUGGCCCUGAGGAGACCAACACAGCUGAACUUGGCAUUGGUUUGUCUACGGUCGGAUCCCACAGAGCCCUUUCGGGCACUGGAGCUCUGCGAGGAAGUGUUGGAUGCAGAGCCAGACAAUCCCAAGGCCACCUACCGCAAGGCCAAAGCGCUAAUGGAGCUUGGUGAGCAGAAGGAGGCUGAGUUUGAGCUGGUGCGGGCCUGCAAGCUGAUGCCCAAGGAUGCUUCGGUGAGGAAGGAGCUGGAAGCGCUGAGACAGAGCUUCCGGAACGAAAAGGCCAAGGAGGUGGCAACCUUCCAAGGCCUUUUCGAGAAGAGCCCCGGCUUCGCUUCAGACAAUCGCAAAAAUGAGACGCAGAAGCUGAGCAAAGCAGACGUGGACGACAUAUAUUUCCACGAUGGAAAGGAAAAUCCGUACGAGGCCGCCGACAACCCCCAGGAGUUGGCCAAGGAGUUCCAGGCAUCCGGCAAGUUGGAAGAUGCGGCUCAAGCAUGGGAGGCAAUGGAUGGCAAUGCUUUUCCGGUGGUUCCAUUUUCACAGGUUGCCAUGGGGCAGACGGCGUCGAACGAGGACUGGCAGCAAUCUCAUUUGACCUACGCGCUGGAGUAUGGCGCCUUGUUGAUGGACAUCAACAUCGACCGGCUGGCUUUGCGCUGCUUCAGCACUGCCUUUGAGCGUCCUGCUCAAGAUGAUGAAGCCGAGAGAGCAUUAGCUCGGGUCAGGCAGCAUGCCUUGCUCCUCAAGUCUAUCUGCUUGUUAAACGAAGCAGCAGAGGAUCCGCAGGCAGAAAUCACGGAGUGCCUGGAGAAGUGGCUUUCGGCAGCACAUCCAGGUCCGUCGGAGGAGGCGCUGCAGGAGAGGCUCCUCCGCCUGAGAAGCGAGCAGGGCGGGUCGGCCAGUGCCGAUGUCGCCGUGGCCUUGGGCUUGCUCCAGCUGUUGCAGGGCCAGGAGGGGCUGUUCAAGAGCUUGUCUGUUGCAUCGACUUUUGCUUCUGCCUUGCUGGCUCCAGAGGACGACACCUAUUUUGGUGCUCCUCGGCGGCGGGCCACCAGGUGGAACAUGCUUGGUGCAGUCCUGGCAAAUCGUGGUCGUCCAGAAGAUGCUGUUUGUGCAUAUCGCUGGGCGCUGUACUGGCAACCCCAUUAUCCGCGAGCUUUGAUCAACCUGGCCAUGGCGGAGCUCAAGCGUGGUGGUUUCCUCGAAGCUGCAGCUGCGCAGGCUGCGGCCAUUGCUUCCUCUCCCAGUUGGGCGUGUGGAGAGCUGUGGGCGCAACUGGAGAAGGAAGCACUCGCUCAGACGUCGAUUGACGAUCUUGCUGAAGCGGUACAAGCUCGUCACAUUGCACGAGUUCGUGAACUGCUGGCUCCACACUCCGACAAUUUGGACACGUCCUCGAUGCCUGCGACUUCUCCGGCGGAGGUGUUGAAGGAGAUGAAGCUGGUCGAAUAG